AUGGCGAGCUCUCGCUACAACCGUGCCUCGGCAUGGGUCACGGGUGCGACGCUCGCUGCGUCGAUGCUCGUGGCUCCCGUCCAGGCCGGUCCGCCGGCCGACAUCGUCACUGUUGAAGAAGUAGUCACCAAGUAUGUCGAUGUCAACGAGUGCCUUAAGAAGUGCCCUGCCAAGACAACCACCGUUGAGGUCAAGCUUCCCCCAGUCACCAUCACUCUCCCCGCAUGUGAGACGCCCGGCAAGGUGCCACCACCCAAGACCGAGACUCGCGCACCAUCAUGCGACUACUGCCCUCCUACCGUGGUUCACUACGAGCCGACUGAUGUUCCUUAUGUGACUAAGACCACCAUCAAGGAGCACAUCAAGUACCCAACCGUGGAGACACAUCACCCCUCCAAGGGCUGCAAGAAGGACUGUGAGGGAACAGUAGUCAUCUGUGAGCCUCCUCACCCAACGGAGCCUCCUAUUCCACAUGGCGGCCGCAAGGGCGACUACUGGGGCGACGUCAAGGACUUUGGUGAUUUCGGAGACUCUGACGUCCACAUCCUUCAUGGUGCCCAGCCCGGCGGCCCCAAUAUUCACCUUCCUCCGUUCAAGCAUGGAGAGAAGCCUGUCGUUGUUUGCGGACCUCCUGGGUUCGAGGACAAGUUCCCCGUCGUCACUGUUCCCGGCAAGGCUCACCCCCUCACCAAGACCAUUGUCCCAACAGGCCCUGGAGGGCACCCGAUUCCUUACGCCACACCUGUUGUCCUUGUUGACAGGCACCAGGGACAUGAAGUUCCCACUGUGACUGCUCCUUGCGGUGUUGACGGUCCUGCUGUGACCCUCCCACCAUGGAAGGAUGAACGCGGUCACGAUGAGCGUGGCUCCGUUGUCAUCUACAUCGUCAAGGGAAAGAAGGAGAAGAAGGAGAAGAAGGAGGAUGAUAGCGCCGAUGAGGGUGACGAGGCUGCCCCCGCAAUGCUUGGUGGCAUUCAUGUUGGCAGUGGGAACCCCGGCGCUGGUCCCGGCGUCGCUCCAAGCCCCCGACCAAGUCUUGGUUCCACUGGAGUCCGCCCUGAUGCUGGUCCCAAUGGUGCUGGUCCUAAUGGUCCCAGCGGUCCAAAUGGUCCCAGCGGUCCUAAUGGUCCUAACGGUCCUCGUCCUGAUGGUCCAGGUCCCAAUGGCCCUGGUCUAGGUCCCAAUGGUCCUGGAUCUAAUGGUCUCAACGUUCCAGGUUCCAAUGGUUCUAACAACCUUGGUCCUAAUGGUCCUAAUGGUCCAGGUCCCAAUGGCCCCGGCUUUGCUACCAGCGGCCCGGGUCCUAAUGGUCCUGGUGUCGGUCCCAACCCCUCGUUGUCUACUGGCCGUGGUUUCCCUGGCCCCGGUAUCGCCCCUUCCAUCCCGACUGGCCGUCCUCCAACUCCAGGAACGGGCCCUGGAAACACGGGAACCAACCCUACUAUCGAUCCUGAUGUACUUACAGAAGGUCCCGAUAGUGGCCCGAAUGGCACCAACCCCGGCGUCGAUGUCGGCCCCGAUGGCCCUGACGAGGGCACACUUACAGCUUCUCCGGCCAAGUGUGUCAAUACAGAUGCUGAUGAGGGUCUCCAGCAAGGUCUGUACCUCGUAGACCAGACCAACCAGGCUCUAAGUGAGAUGGAUCCUAGCCAGAUUGGAGCUGCUGAGCCUGUGGCUGCCUCCAUUGGUUUAGACUUGCUCACGCUUCCCAACCCUGCCGAACAGCCUCUGGCUUACCACUUGAGGGGUUUCAUCUACGUCUGCGAAGAUGGAGACAUUACCAUCUCCACUCCUGGUACCGAGGGUAGUGUCUUUAUCUGGACUGGUGAUAAUGCUGUGUCGGACUUCAACGGUGCUAAUGCUAACAUUGUUUCUGUCAACUCUCCCUCUGGCCUCAGCAAGCGUGCUGGCCCUGCUACAACAACUGUUGUGAAGGGUAUCGGCGGUACGUAUCUACCUAUUCGUAUUAUCUGCCUCCUUGAGGGCGGUGCCAACUGCUUGUUCCGCAUGGAGGGCACUGGCAGCACAGCUCUCUACGAUGAAGGUUCUGGCGCCCUCCCCAACAGCCUCUUCUCGCUGGUUCCUACCGCCCCGGGAAGUAACAUCACCUUCCCCGACUUUGGCAGUGAAAACGCAACCCCCACGAACGCUGGUACUGGUUCCAGCAACCCGUUCUCUUCUUCUGGCCUUCCCGGUCUGCCUGGCGUCAAUGGCCUCACUGGAGGUUCAACCCCUGGAAACUUCACCUGGAGCGUCGCCUUCGGAAACUCUAGUCUGAACUUUGGUCUUGGCACUGAGAAGCUUCCUAACGGUCUCACGGAUAUCAGCUUCGACUUCAACGGAAAGCUGUCUGGUCUGCUCCUCCCCGAUUUACCCAUUCUCUCCCUAGGCGGCCUCUUCCCCAGCUUGGGCGGCUUGGGUGGUCUGCCUGGCCUGGACGGUCUAUCCGGCCUUGAUGGUUUGCAAGGGCUCGGCCCUCUGCUGUACAGCCUGCUUCUGCCGGCACUGGGCGAUGGUCUUGGAGGCGACCUUGGUGGUCUCCCCGGCCUCGGAGGUCUUCCAGGCCUUGGAGGUCUUCCUGGCCUUGGUGGUCUCCCUGGUCUGGGUGGUCUCCCCGGCCUUGGUGGUAUUCCAGGCCUUGAUGGUCUCGCACUUCCGAAUCUUGCACUUCCUUACCUAGGUGGCCUCUUGAAUGGAUUGGUGCUGCCAAGCUUUGCUUAUCUCCUUCCCGGGCUCGCCUCUUUGGGCUCAGGCUUGGGCGAUUUAGGAUCUGGUCUUGGACUUGGUCUUGAAGGUCUAGGAUCCGGUCUGGGCGGCCUGGUAUCUGGCCUCGGUGGGUUAGGCUCCGGAUUGGGUGAUGGUCUUGGAGGUUUGGGAUCCGGUCUUGGAAACCUUGGCGGCUUCGGCUUGCCAGGCCUUGUCGACGCCUUGAACCUCAACAGCUUCUUGACUGGUCUGGCUCUGCCUGUCCUGACCUCAUUGCUCCGUGCCCUUACUAUCCCCAGCCUCCCUGACCUGGGCAGUUUUCUCUACAGCCUGCUGGACCCAAGCACUUUGCCCAAUAUCGGCCUCCUGUUGGACUCCCUGCUGCCUUCACUGAGUCUUCCUAACUUGACUGGCGUGCUUGGCGGACUGAGCACGCUCCCUGACAUUGCCGACUUGCUGAACGGCCUGGCUGAUCCUGACGACCAAUUGAGCAACCUUUUGGGUAACCUGACCGAUCCUAGUGACAUUCUAAGCGGCCUCUUGGGCAACCUGCCCAACCCCGGCAACCCAUUAGACGACUUGCUUGACCCUAACAAUCCGCUGAACAGCCUGCCUGAUCUUAGCGGCCUACUCGGAGGUCUCCCCGACCUUGGAAGUCUCCUCAGCAUUCCAAAUCUCGGAAACAUACUUCUCCCCGAUCUGAGCCUGCCUGCUCUCGAUGGCCUGCUCUCUGCUUCGCUUGGUCUUCCAGAUCUCCCUGACUUGAGUGCUCUCUUGUCGACACUUCUGAGCCCUAGCCUAAUCCCCGACCUUGGACAGCUUCUCGGCGGCCUGAGCCUCCCUGAGCUUCAGCUGCCUGAUCUGAGUGGUAUCUUGAGCGGUCUUGUCGGCGGCACACCCGACCCCUCCGACAUCCUUGGAUCACUGGGCGACCUCCUCGGCCUCGGCAAUGGAUUGGACCCCCUAGGAAACUUGGGCAACGCAUUGGACCCCCUAGGAAACUUGGGCAACGCAUUGGACCCCCUAGGAAACCUGGGCAACGUUCUUGGCAAUCUGCCUGAUCUUGGAAUCCUCUUGAACAUUACCCUGCCUGAUCUGAGCAUACCUGCCCUUGACAUCCUGCUCCCUACCCUCGGUCUUCCAGGUCUUCCUGACUUGGACUCUCUUCUGUCCAGCCUCCAGGACCCCAACCUGUUGCCGAACCUGGGCCAGCUCCUGGGCGAUCUGUCGCUUCCCGACCUUCAGCUUCCCGAUCUCUCAGGUCUCUUGAGCGGCGUCGCCUCAGGUAUCCCUAGCCUUGACGAUCUGACCCAGCUCGGCAACCUUCUCGGAGGUGGGCUUGGAAACUUGCCUGGAGGUGGGCUUGGUGAUUUGCUCGGAGGUGGGCUCGGUAACUUGCCCGGAACCGGACUCCCUUCCAUUCUUUCCGACUUGGGUGAUCUUCUCCCAGGCCUGCUCAUCCCCGACCUGAGUCUGCCUGGUCUCGAUAGCCUGCUGCCUGACCUCGGACUACCUGGCAUUCCCGAUCUCAGCCAGCUUCUGGGAGGUCUGGCCAACCCCAACACGCUGCCCGAUCUGGGACAGCUUCUCGGUGGCCUCACAAUCCCUGAUCUUUCACUCCCUGAUCUGAGCGGUAUCCUCGACGGGUUGAAUGGAGGCCUGCCCUUGGACGACUUGACCAGUCUUCUUGGAAACGCUCUUGGCGGACUUGGGAGCGGUGGCAUCCCUGGCAUCCCGACAAUCCCCACUACACCCACUCUCCCAGGCACUCCUGGUAUUCCUGACUUGAGCAACUUGUUGGGCAGCCUUCUCCCCAGCCUCAGUAUUCCAGACCUUGGCAGCCUGAUCCCCAACCUCGGUGACCUGUUGCCCUUCUUCUCGCUGUUCCUGGGAAGCCUCCUCUCGGGCAUUCCCGACAUUUCGCAAGUGCUUGGUGGUCUUGAUGGCCUAACCGACGGCCUCGGUGGCCUAACUGGCGGUCUCAACGGACUUCCCGACUUGGGUAACGUCCUCGGCAAUAUUCCAGAUCUCACUCUACCUAAUUUGGGCCUGCCAGACCUUGGAGGCCUUCUCUCAGGUCUCCUCGGUGGUUUGGGCAAUGUUGGAAAUGUUCUUCCUGAUCUCCUCGGUGGCCUGGGCAACUUGCCAAGUCUCCCAGGAAGUGGAAUUCCCACGAUACCAGGCACCCCAACCCUUCCAACAGGCAUUCCGGGCCUGCCUGGCUUCAGCGGUCUCCCCGAUCUCUUAGACCCCAACCUGGUAGACGGCCCUAUCCUCGACCUUGGUAUUAGCCUCAACCUUGAUCUCCCCCGCCUCCUGAGAGUUCUUGGUGUCCCUAACCUCCUUAACACUCUUGGUGUUCCGCAACUCCUCACUGGUGUUGCCGGUCUUCUCGACAACCUCCUCGGAGGAUUAGGUGGCUCAGCGCCCACAGUGCCAGACUCGGGUACGAUCCCAACUACACCGACUCUCCCCGACCUUCCCGGCGCUCUGCCUCUUGACAACCUCGGCCUGCCCGAUCUCGGAAGCCUCCUUGGGAACAUUGUUCCCGGCGUUGCGGGUCAGCUCGGCAAUGUCCUUGGAAAUGGCCUCAACAAUGUUCCCGACUUGGGCAACACCUUGGGCAACACUGUUCCAGACGUGACGAACACACUCGAUGAUCUUAUCAACAUAGGAAACGGCCUGGGCAAUACUGUUCCUGAUCUUGGCGACAUUCUGGGCAACACCGUUGGAGGAGUUACUGGUACACUUGGCAACACGGCUGACGACCUCACAAACACUCUCGGCAACACCCUGGGAUCCCUCCUGGACAAUGGGCUUCCUAGCCUGGCUCUCCCCGAUCUGAGCACCCUGAUUCCUAGUCUGAUUGACCCCGUUGGAAGUCUUGGUUCCGGCCUUGGAGACCUGCUCAACGGUCUUACGGGUGUUGUCCCCGACCCUUCCACGCUCCUCCCUAGCGUCACUAUCCCUGAUCUGAGUUCAGUUUUUCCUGACCUGAGCAGCGCGUUGAGCAAUUUGUUGCCUGAUCUGGACAGCACCCUUGGCAAUGUAACACCUGAUCUGGGCAGCAUCCUCGGGGGUAUUGUCCCAGACUUGACCAACACAUUGGACAAUACCCUUGGGAACGGUCUCCCAAACCUGACCGAUAUUCUGGGCAAUGGCAGUCCCGAUCUUGGUAACACCUUGGGCAACGUG